UACAAGAAAAGUUAAUUUUGCUUUUUGACCUCUCUUUGUUAUAAAACAAUCAAAAAUUCCAUCUUAUGUUUGCUUCCUAUUUUUUUAAGAUGAAAAAAAUGCAGACCUGCAGUGGAAUUUAUUUUUGGGCGUUUCGCUCAUCAUUCGAUAGGCGAUCACGAAUAUCUCAUCCACGUCGCUCAGAACCCUUUCCUUGCUGAGGCAAUCGCUCAAAACUGCGAGAGACCCCAAGACCUGAAAAAUACUCGUUUUCAAAAAAUGCCCUGUAGUUUCCCCGAGAAACGUAAAAUCAGAAUGGACUAGCAUGCUGACUAGUCGGAAGCNAUUCAGCGUCGAAUGGUGGGUGAAACACCCAAAAAUAUCUUCCACUGCAGGUCUGCAUUUUUUCCAUCUUAAAAAUAGGAAAAAACACAAAAUGGAAUUUUUGAUUGUUUUAUAACAAAGAGAGGUCAAAAAGCAAAAUUAACUUUUCUUGUAUUCGAGUUGACAGCUUGUUGAUUGAAGUGACUUACAGGGACAAUAAAGAUAGCUAGAGAGAAGUAGUUGCUCUUUUUCUAGGAUUUUAUUGAACCUCAACAACAGCGUCGCUACGUUGUUGAAUCAACUGUUAGUACACAAUGAUCGUUGCAUGCUGCACCAAAACAGGCAUACUUUUAAUGCAUUAUGUUUUGAGCUCACCAACAGCCACAGACACAUUAAUCAAGAGAAAAAAAUAAUGCGACCAAGAAGAUCGGUUUCAGAGAUCGCCUAUAGUCAUUUCUGAUAUUCCUCGCCCGAUCAUCUAUUCGUUAUCAGUUUUAUCUCUAAUAAUCUUGUCCCCUACUCGCUAUCACAUUGUACUGUUUUGCACAAGCCGCCGGGAUUUUUUAUGCAAUCAGACAGAUGACAGUUAGAAAUUCGUAAGAAAUAGAAAGAUGGCUGAAUUUGGCAUGCUGAUUUUGGAUAGAGCGCCAAGGCAUUUUGGAUCCGCCAAGGCAGUUUUAAAAUUAGAUAUUUCCCUAGGCUGAUUUCAAAUCAACAUAUGCAAGCAUGUCGAUUUUAAAUUUUUCUAGGCAAACUGGAGAUCAAUCUGAAUUUGAGAAAAAUCUGUAACAUAUCCCAAGCAAACGUAAAAUCAGAAUGGACUAGCAUGCUGACUAGUCGGAAGCGUCGAAACUUUUUUUUCAACUAGUCGACAUUUUACGGGAGUAGUCGGUAUGUAGUCGAAUUAUGGACUAGUCGACAGUAUUGAUCAGUCGAACAAAUCGUUGUCGACUAGUCGCCAUUUUCUCGAGUAGUUGGUAUGUAGUCGAAAUUUUGAUUAGUCUUUGCUGUUGAUCAGUCGAGGUCAAAUUGUUGUACAUCAGACGCUUGAUUUCUGACCAGUAGAAAAUAUUUUAGCUUCUGGAAUUUUUUGUCAAUACAUUUUUACUAUAUUAAAACACGAAAAUAUGAUACAGUUACAUCUGGAGUAACUAUAUCUAAUUAUUACAAUGUUUUUGUUGCGAAAGAAUUUUCGCCGUGCUUAAUGAAAUAUCAGUUGAACUCAAACUGUUACGCCAAGAGACACCAAUAAACUUAGUUUUUCGUUGAAGGUUACCUAAGAUGUAGUAUGAUGUAUUAUUCCCCCUUCUUCUGUCGAACGAAAGCUUGCAAAAUUGCUUUCGAGACAUGUUAAAGCUAAGUUCAUUCUAAGCAUUACAUUUAUUUAAUAACAUCCAAUUAAAAUAUGUGAAAGAACCUCUGCAACGGUCUAUAAUUAUCUCCUUCUAUGUACUGCAUUGGUGGUUAAUAAGUGUAAUCAAUCGGUAUUGGAGAACUGAAUGCACCAACAGUGACACGCACGUUUUUCCUUUGAAAGGAAAAUGACAGAAAGGAAUCCUUCCUGUCAUUUUUUUUGUCUUUUUGAGCGUAUACAAUCGUUGUUUAAAAUCGUAAAAGUUGUUUAUCGUCACAGUAAACAUGAAGAAAAAAUUAAAAGAUUUGUAUAAUAAAUUAUAAAAAUUAAAAAAUUGAAAAUUUAUACUUUACUUAAAAUUAUUAUUUUGUUUGAAACUAUGGCUUUAAAGUCUGGUUCUGUUGCCCCUCGUGAGUUGAGUCAGGAAACACUAUGUUAUAGCUAUAUAACUAUAACAUAGUGACACAAAUAUAUAUUUGCGUCUUUUCUGAUUUUAGUUAUCUGUGUUGUUACUUUUGAAAAUCAACCAAAAGGCACCUUUUCUCUCGUCCCAUCAUCAUUUAUUCAUAGUGCGGUAUUCACAAAAGGAAUAAACAUUAACAAAGAUUAUUUUUUUGUUCAUCCACGUAAACGCGACCUAAGAAAACGUGGUUUUGUGUUUUAUAUUGGUAGGUUUUCAGGGAUUCUACUGUAUAACUACUUAGUUUCCUUUUAUUGUCAUUGAAGGACCUGAGGCCAAAUGUCAAGAGUAUUGCAAAUUUUAUGACGCUGAGGAAGUCGAUUGUGUUAUGUGGCUUGGCCGUUCUCAGGAUUUGUUCACUGAUAUGUCUAACAGCGAUUCAUCAAUGAUAAGUUCUGAGAACCCUAACAACGCCAGAAUUAAUAGUAAAACAGCACACAAACGAAAUAUGUCACCAGUGGUUUUAUCAAAUUCGUUAAUGUCUUUCGGUUCACCACCAGCGAAAAAAAUAGCAUAUGAGAUUAAAGGUACUCCAACUACCCAUCGUUCUUCUGCUACUACUUCUCUAGAGUAACAACUCCUACUUCAAAAAAAGUACUAGCAAUGCUAACCGAUAAAAAUCAUGCUCCUCCAAUUAAUGUAACACAUGUAAACAAUAUCACAUCGAAAAAUGAUGUGACGAAAUUGUCAGCAUCAUCAAGUAUCCCCAAAUCGUCAACACAAACACCAUCGAAAGUUGCAUUAUCUCAAGGUGUUGUUAAAGAGUUAGAAAACGCUCGAAGAAAAAUAAUCGAUUUAGAAGAACAAUUAGCUGAAUUAAAAAGAAUAUCAAUUCGUAAGCCAUAUCCAAAUGCGGAACAAUCGUUAUAUCUUCGAAAUGUGGUAUCUGUUCUCGAUUUAAAUGACAGAAUUGCAAGUACUCGAGCCGCUGAGGACGGUGAAACAUUAUCAGUAUCUGGUACUGAACUGUUUAAAAAGAAGAUUGUUGGAGAGCAACACGAGAUGGUUGCAGAAGAAAACGAUGCUGAUCUAGAAGAAGAAACUCGUAAAGAAGAUAAUGACAAUAGUGAAGAUGACGAUGAAACAAAAGAAAAUUAG